UUCAGCCGCUGCUGCGCAGUGCGUCCUGAGCCACCAUUUCCACUUUUCCAGGUUUCUUGAAGAGAAUAAACUCUGUUUCUCCUUUCACUGUUGUUCGGCUCCCUCUGAUCCAAAAUCAACCAAAAUGCACCGAAAUACCUGAGAACUCACCUCCAUUAAUGGAGACCUCACCGGAAUCCGAUUCUCCAAGAUGAGAAAAUCAACGGCCAUUAUUCACACGGGUGAGUUAUCGAUCCUCCUUCUUCACCAUCACCUCCUCAAAAGAUCCUUUUCCAUAUCCUCAACCGCUUCUCUUCAGGUAGACCCUGACCCAACUGAUCUCUUUUCUCAGCUCCUCUCUAUCCUCUCUCAUUCAAAUUGGCAGAAACAUCCUUCUCUUCGCAAUCUAAUUCCAAGCAUCUCUCCUUCUCAUGUAUCUUCUCUCUUCGCUAAUAAUCCAAAUCUCGAUCCCCAAUUAGCUCUCAGGUUUUUCCAAUUUAUAGCGAGAAAACCUGGGUUUAAGCAUAGCGUCCAAUCUCAUUCUUUCCUUCUACACAUUUUGAUUAGAAAUAGAUUUUUUGGUGUUUCUGAAAAAAUACGUAUUUCCAUGAUUAAAAGUUGCGUUUCUGUUGAUGAUGUGCAGUUUGUGCUAGAUUCUUUAAGGGAAAUGAAUAGAGAUGAUAAUGACAAUAAGUUUAAGCUCAGUAUUAGAACCUAUAAUGAGCUAUUAAUGAUGUUAUCAAGGUUCUUAAUGAUUGAUGAGAUGACGAGAGUUUAUGCUGAGAUGUUGAUUGACAUGGUUCCACCGAAUAUAUACACCUUAAAUACUAUGGUUAAUGCUUAUUGUAAGAUCGGUAAUGUAGUUGAGGCUGCUUUAUACGUGAGUAAGAUUUUGCAGGCGGGUUUGAGGCCUGAUACUUUUACUUAUACUUCAUUGAUAUUGGGGCAUUGCAGGAAUAAAGAUGUAAAUGCUGCAUAUGGUGUUUUUAAGAUGAUGCCAAAAAAGGGUUGUCGAAGAAAUGAGGUUUCAUACACGAAUCUUAUACAUGGGCUUUGUGAGUCUGGAAGGAUUGAUGAGGGUAUUAGUUUGUUUAAGAGGAUGAAGGAAGAUGAUUGUUGUCCGACUGUUCGUACUUACACAGUGAUUAUAGAUGCAUUGUUUGAAAACAAUAGGAAAUUGGAAGCUAUUAAUUUGUUUAAUGAAAUGAGGGAAAAAGGUUGUCAGCCAAAUGUUCAUACUUACACUGUGAUGAUUGAUGCCGUGUGUAAAGAAGGAAAGCUUGAUGAGGGCAGACGAAUUCUAAAUGAGAUGAUGGAGAAUGGGUUGGUUCCAACUGUGGCUACUUACAAUGCUUUAAUUGAUGGAUAUUGCAAGGGGGGUAUCAUGGAGUCAACACAGGAAAUUUUGGAUUUGAUGCACUCAAAUAAUUGUCACCCAAAUGAGCGCACAUACAAUGAAUUGAUAUAUGGUUUUUGCAAAAAGAAAAAUGUGCACAAGGCAAUGGCAUUGCUCGGUAAAAUGCUUGAGCAUAGGCUGACACCAAGCCUUGUUACAUAUAAUUCCUUGAUCAUUGGACAGUGUAAAAUAGGUCAUUUAGAUAGUGCUUAUAGGUUGCUUGAUUUGAUGAAGGAAAAUGGUCUGGUUCCUGACGAGUGGACUUACAGUGUUUUUAUAGACACUCUUUGUAAAAAUAAGAGGAUAGAAGAAGCUUAUAUUUUAUUUAAGUCUCUCAAGGAGAAAGGAGUAGAAGGAAAUGAAGUGAUAUACACCGCAUUAAUUGAUGGGUAUUGCAAAGCUGGGAAGAUAGAUGAUGCUGAGUCUUUGCUACAAAGAAUGUCUGCCGAGGACUGUUUGCCUAAUUCAUCUACUUACAAUGCCCUUAUAGAUGGGUUUUGCAAAGAGAGAAGAGUGAAAAAGGCUUUGUUCUUGUCGGAAAAUAUGGUACAGAAAGGAGUGAAGCCCACAGUUUCCACAUAUACAAUUCUUAUUGUAGCAAUGUUGAAAGAGGGUGAUUUUGAGCAUGCUAAUAGGCUUUUUGCUCAAAUGGUUUCUUCAGGACACCAGCCUGAUGUUUAUAUUUACACAGCGUUUAUUCAUUCAUAUUGCAGCUUAGGGAACUUAAAAGAGGCAGAGGAUGUGAUGGCUAGGAUGAUUGAAAAAGGUAUUAUGCCUGAUGCACUGCCUUACACAUUGUUAAUUGAUUCAUAUGGAUGUUUGGGAUUAUUAAGUGAGGGAUUUGAUGUUCUAAAGCGCAUGUUUGAUAAGGGUUGUGAUCCCUCUCAUCAUACUUAUUGUUUAUUAAUCAAGCAUCUUUCAAAGGAAAAGCUAACAAAGGCAAGCAACAAUGUGGGGCUUGAUUCAGUUCCAAAUGUCUCCUUUGUUGAUGUUGCUGAUGUGUGGAAGACAAUGGAAUUUGAAACUGCUCUGCAACUUUUUGACAAGAUGCGGGAACAUGGUUGUACACCUAACCUUAACACUUACACAAAGCUUAUUGUGGGACUUUGCAAGGUGGAGCGUAUGGAAGUGGCCCAAAGGUUAUUAGAUCAUAUGAAUGAAAGAGGAAUGUUCCCCAGCGAAGAUAUUUAUAAUUCUCUUCUCAACUGUUGCUGUAAGCUUGGUAUUUAUGGGGAUGCAGUGAGACUGGUGGAUGCUAUGGUGGAGCAUGGUCAUUUACCUCUUCUAGAGUCUUUGAACUUGCUCAUCUGUGGGUUAUAUGAUGAAGGGAAUAAAGAUAAGGCUAAAGCAAUUUUCUGUAAUUUGCUUCACUAUGGGUAUAAUAAUGACGAAGUAGCUUGGAAAAUUCUCAUUGACGGCUUACUUAGUAGAGGCCUUGCUGAUAGAUGCUCUGAAUUGCUGGGCAUCAUGGAGACAAAAGGCUGCCAGAUUCAUUCGCAGACAUACAGAAUGUUAAUUGAAGGACUUGAUGAGACGUAAUCCUUGGUAUCAUUUCUGUUGAAGCUGUCAUUUACAUGGAGAAAAGUGUUUCCAAUUCCAUGUUGAAUUACUGUUAUAUACAGAUGGAAUUUCAGGUUAUUUUGACAUGCAAUCUCAAAAUAAAUACUUGGGAUUAUAAUUAUUGGUUUCAAGACUCUGCCAUAGCCUGAUACUGAGGGAGUGCCUGUUUUAUGGGACGCAAACUGCUGGAUGUAGCAGUAGAACCAAGUACAUAAAGGAAAUCUUCGACAAAUAUCAGGAGGAUGCUGUUUUAAUUCUACCUUGAGUAAUGGGUUUUUCAGCAUUAUUCCCUGCUUUGAUGAUAAAAUAUUAAUGGAACCAAAGAUUUACCAACCUAAAGGCUGAUUAUUAAGGUUAUUCUACAUUGCCAUGUUAAGCAACUCUGUUGUCAAAACAAAGGGGUUUUACAUUUGAAGCCAACAAUGGAAGUCUUAAAUCCUUGAACAUUGGUUUCAGGAAUCUGCAAAUUGGAUCCAGAAAAGGCCAAAGCUGCAAAUUGCUGUUCCUGCACCAAAAUUGGUCAGAAGGUGCUACUGGACAGGGGCAGAUCCCACUGAAAGGG